UAAAGGAUCAUCAGGACUAUUCAAACUUUACAGAAACAAGCUCCUAAAACUUGUUUAUAUAUUAAAUAAAAGGACUUACUACACAAACUGCAGACCCAGUUUACAUAUUAGUUCCAGAUAGAGUUGUGUAAUUCUAAUAUAUUGUGUACCACUCCAGGUGUUUGAGUGAUUUUGAUAGGUGAUGGCCAAGGUACGUGCAAUGGCGAGGAGGGAAACGGCACCAAGAGGGUAUUUUGUGGUGUAUGUAGGCGAAUGUCGAAAACGAUUUGUUGUUCCAACCUUUUACCUGAAACAACCUGCUUUCACUCAACUACUUGAUAAGGCUGCUGAGGAAUAUGGCUUUCAUCCGGAUAGAGGCAUUGUUCUGCCUUGUGACGAGGCCACAUUUUUCAGACUAACCAACUCCAUUUAGUUUCAAGCCUCUCUCUCACUCCUGUUGGGAGUCACAGUGAAAAUCACAGCAACAAUGUAUAGAGCAGUUAUAUUAUAUAAACAAGUGUAGGCCAACGAAACCACAACAAUAUAGCAUGCACGAAGAUCGUAUAUACAAUAAUCAGUGACUGAUAAAUUACAAGAAAAGAAGAGAAAGGCGCACCUUACACCGUCGCUAGAAUUAGUAUACAGAACAGCUGAGUCGCCUAGCCCUUCGAUGAAGACUAGACUGUUCUUGAAGUGAUUAUUGCCCCACUACGCUGUGAUGGGUAGUCGCAAUAUCGCUCCCAGGAUAAAACAGCACAGACCGAACCGCUCACAGACACGAGUACGAUCAACAGCGAUCAACACCUCAGUUCGCCCGAGAACAGUAUGUAUAUGUGUAUAUAUCGGAGUAGAUGGUGAGAGUGUAAGAGAGAAGAAUGAGAAUGGUGUUUGUGUUUUUCCCGUGCUACAACUCAAGUGUCGAGGCUCACUAUUUAUAGUGAGGCCAAGGCACCAACACACCGUCCAGAUUCAUCUGUCCAGGUUCAAUGAAUCUGUAUCUGUCAGACAUUCUGACCAGAUUCAUUUGUCCAGGUUCAAUGAAUCUGUAUCUGUCAAACAUUCUGACCAGAUUCAUUUGUCCAGGUUCAAUGAAUCUGUAUCUGUCAGACAUUCGGACCAGAUUCAUUUGUCCAGGUUCAAUGAAUCUGUAUCUGUCAGAUAUACCGACCAGAUUCAUUUGUCCAGAUUCAAUGAAUCUGUAUCUGUCAGAUAUACUGACCAGAUUCAUUUGUCCAGAUUCAAUGAAUCUGUAUCUGUCAGAUAUACUGACCAGAUUCAUUUGUCCAGAUUAAAUGAAUCACAUUCUCAUUUCAAGCUCUUUCAA